AGGCGCCGGCCUGCCAGGGAGCCUGACUGCGGGCACAAAUCUCUCGGCGAGAACUAAAUACGUUAAACCAUUCUCGCCCUCCCCGCUCCAUGUUGAGGGCGGCGCCGGGCAGAGCGGCGUCCCAAAGCUCAGGAAAGACCUGGGCACCUUUCGAGCGGAGCGCCCGAGGCGGGAGAGAAGGACGCGGCGGGUGGCUCCUCCCGCGCCCGCCGCCAUUUUGAGCCGUUGCGGUCGCCUGGCCGGGGGGGAACCGCGCCGCCUUUAGUCCCUUUUCCCUCGCCUUAGUUUGGGGCAGCUGGUUGCUAGGCCUGCAUGCCCUCCCCAGCAGCCCUGUUCCGCCUCGGAGGAAAGCCGGCAGGCGCCCCUGCUGCUUCUUCCCCCCUUCUCCGCCUCCCAGUGACUUCUAGAAGCAUCCCAUUGCUCACUGGUGUAUUGAAAUAAUUGUUCCAGCUGUGAAAUUGUUGUCAGGAUGUUCAAAAAUGAAUAUCAGGGUGGCCCAUUUGUUGAAAUCUUCAGUGCUCAAGGCAAGAACCCUGGAAUGAAAUGGAAGGUUUCUGGCAGUCCUUCAGUAAUUGGGAAGGAGUUCGAUAAGCAAGUGAAAGGCUUUGUCUUUGUUCUUGAAGGAAGCAGUCAAACAAACAAGAUGCAAAUUCCUAAGGAAACCAGGCAAGCUCUUGGACUGAUCCAGCAAUUUCUGGUACUUCAGAUUUAUGUACCAUUGGGACAAGACUUCUCUACUGAAUUGCUGAUAACUGAUUUAGGAAAUAUUAAAAGAAGGUUGUAUUUAUCAACAAUCCACAAGGAGUUGUCCGUAACCCCCCUACAUGCAAAAAUUCCUCUUUUUAUGAUCAAGCGCAAAAUUUGGUGCAACCUGUGCAUUGACUUGGUAGCAUUCACCAGCGAGAUAUUCAAAGGAGCCGUUUUCCAGUCCUUGGAUGGCAUUAUUGUUUCAGCAAACUGUAAACUGCGAAAAAUCUUCACACUGAAGUCAAAGCCCCUGGAUACAGAUGAUGAAGAUGCUGAUGGGCCAACAGAUACGAUUCCUCGAGCCUGUCAGUUAAAUUCAGAUGUGCCGCAAGUCACCCAGCUGCUGAAUAUGAACAAGCUACGCCCAGCAGAACAAAAAUGUGGAGGUCGGCUCUUAACUUCACCGGAAUUAGCAGACCAUCUAUUAAACCGGGGAUUGGCCACGACACGAAACAGUAAAAAUCAAGACGUAUCCCACAUUGCAUUUGGAUCUAAGGUUCUUGGGCCGCCUCCACCUUCAGGCCGAAGAUUCAGCUCAAGGGCAUCUGGGGAGGUAACAAAAUCUGGCAGCAUCAGAACUAACAGAUCAUGUCAAAUGCCAGUUUUGGAAAAGGGAAGAGAACCAAUUCAAGACAUCAUCAGCUCUGAACGAUCUCCCUCGCCCCUUGAUAUGGCUUUAGAUCAAGGAAACAAAGAAAAUGUUGACAACACAAGUCCGAUGUCACUGGACAAGGAUGAGUGGAUAUUCCCUGAUAAAGAAACUUCUCAACUGGAUUCCAGCAAUCUGUCGCCGAAGGAUAGUGAAACAUCUUACAGUUUUUUAAACUUGGCAUUGAGUGAUGUUGAAGCAUGUGAAAACAAGCAAGCAGCCGAAGACCGGCAAGAGGAUGUUUUCACCUAUUCCUCAAAACCUAGAUCAGCACCUCACGGGAAGCCCUUGAACCUGUCAUCAGAAAGCUGCAGAUUUUCUGUGGAUUUAAAAGAAGAGAUCAGUGGGGUUUGGCGAGGAGCUCAGAUGGAAGAUGACUUUUAUGGAAAUGAGAGCAAUGAAGAGGAUGAUAACGACAGUGAAUUUAUACAAGAGGCUCCGACCAGCCCCUCGUUAUUAGGGUCAUCUGAACUUGCAGUUUUCAAAGAGAUCCCACUCCAGAGGACAUGCAGAAGUCCAGAAAACAGCACAAACAAAGAAUAUGCAAAACACACCAGUGAGGAGCUGUCGCCAAUGACAGAAGAUUCAAUUGUGAUGGCAGGAAAGGAAGAUAACAUCCAAAGAAACUUCUUGCCGACUUCCUGCUUGUCCCCAACAGGAAGCAUGCCUGAGCCCAGGAAGGAAGCAUCUUUUGUAUCAAAGGGUACAUCAACCAGCCCAUUAAGAACUUCCAUCAGCAGAAAAUCCCUCAAAGAAAUCCCACAGGAGAAUUCAAAUCUGAUAGUCCAAAUUCCUGAGUAUGACUGGAGAAACUACCAGCCGAGCAACAUGAGUGCUUCUGAACUGCAGAUGUUGGCUAGUAUGAAAAGGCAACAGAACGAAGAGCUGGAAGAUAACGGACCUUCACAUGGGUUGAGUGCAUCUCAGAUAGACAACUGUAAUAUCAGCAUCAGUGCAAGCAGUGAUGACACAACCACCUGGAACUCAUGUCUCCCAGCGCCUGUCAAUCAAGGGUGUCACUAUCAGAAAGAAAUGAACCCUCUUUCCCAUUCCAACCCACGGGAUUGGUUAAAUGCGUUCAGCCCUCCUAUCAUUCCUCCAAGCCAGCAGCUGGCAGAACAUCCUGAAGUGACAGCACACCUGAGCACUCAAGGUGAAGGGGGUGACUUUGAGGCUGAAGAAGACGAAGUUCUCACUCUCUUGUAUGAUCCAUGCCUAAACUGUUACUUUGAUCCUGAAACUGGGAAAUAUUAUGAGUUGGCAUAGCCGGUUGCAAGAGCAAGAAGUGUGGCGCUUGUUUGGCGCUAUCCCAGGACUUGGGUCCUUUGCAAAGUACUGAUGCAGAGCUAAUUCUUUUUCUACUCUGCGGUCCAAAACUUUACAUCAGUCCAUAGUGUGUGUAGACAAACCAAGUCACUUGCGAAUAUGAUACAAUCUUAUUUUUAUAGAUUUGUGCUAUAUUUUAAUAGAAUGCUUAAGCAAGGUUUUCACAUACAUUUGUUCGGCUAGCUGAUGUUACAUAAAAUAUGGAAAGGUUUGUCUGUAUGAACAAAUUACGCUGAAUCAAAUAUAUUUGCCAGGUUCAUCUAUGAAUGAUGGUGUGGUACAAAAAAAAUCACUUGUUCUUUCAUCUCUGUUAAUUUAAGAGAAUGUAAUGCAUCUUUGUACUUCCCAAAAUACAGUGUGAUGUUCAAGAGGAAUUGUACCAUAAAAUGUCUUUUCACUUUU